AUGGCAGGGCUUGUGGCGUAUGCGAGUAGUGAUGAGGAGGACAGCGUUGAUGAGGCCCCCCAGUCUCAACCGGAGCCGUCUGCAGCCGCUCCGAAAGUCGCACCUCAGCCAGAGCCAGUGAAAGCCCCAACGCCGCCUCAAGAUGACGGAGCUCUCAUCGGGCCCAGCCUUCCUCCGGCUGAGCCACAGACCACGGAACUGCCGCCCCUGGAGCCGGACACCAACGGCGGACCACCGCUAUCGCCUUACUCGGCGAACCGCACGCUCCUGCGGGAUCUGACCUUGCCGACGGUGCCAGAUCUGGACAUCCCGCCCACCCCCCCUGGCACGCCUCCCCCGGGGUUCGACGCGUUGAACAAGAAGUUUGAGAACUUCCUUGAGCUGAAGCGGAAGAAGGGCACGCAUUUCAACGCCAGGAUAGCACAGUCUAACGCGCUGAAGAACCCGGCGCUCAUGGACAAACUGCUGGGGUUUGUUGGCAUCGAGAGCUCCUUUGAGGCAGACGGCUCAUCGAGGAAGUCAGAGCCUACUGCUCAGUAUGCGACAACUCUGCCCCCAGAGAUUUGGGACCCCGCCGCUUUUCCGGGAUGGGCGUCCAAGGGCGCGUUGAGAAAGUCGCAGGAGAAGUUGCACAAGGAACGCCAACGCGGAACCGGCGAGGCGAUGGAUUUUGUCUCGGCGUCGGGUGCCUCGAGUAAGCAGGGCAGCAGGUCCGGUACUCCUGGGACUACCAGUGUGACUGGGAAGCGAAAGACACGAUUCGACACUUGA